AUGGAGAGGCUUAGGAAGACGGCGGGACUGCUGUGGAGUAGUGAUGAGUUUAGGGACUUGAUCAAUGAUUUCGCCAGUGUUGGUCGCGACAUGUUUGCGGAUGCAGCUUCGCAGGUGGCUUCUGGUGCUUCCCACGCUGCCGACAAUGCCAGAUCCACCGACGUGAAUAUCGAUCAGGAAUCGACGUCCAGCAAGGCAAUCAAGGAGAAGGGCAACGCAGCCUCGCAGCAGGUACGCCAGGCGAGUUACCAGUUCCGUGACGACCUCGAAGCGUACCUCCGUGAGAAGUUCCCCAAGCAGCGCAGGGACGCCGUCAUCAACCGCAUGAAAAAGGUGGUGCAGGAUAUCCAGGAGAAUCCCGACUUCCAGGAGACGGUUGAUUUCGUUGUCGAUAUGAUGCACCGAUAUGCCACUCGCGUCAAAGACAGCGUUGCCGCUGAGGGAAAGCAAGCCGACGUCAAGUCGGAUGAGAACUUCGACAUUGCCAUGAAGGAUGCCCAGGCCCUUCUCAUGGCUUUUGCCAAUGGCAAGUCGUUGGAUCCCAUCUACGACGCUCUCAACAAGGUCAUCGAUGACAUCCAGUCGGAUAAUGAGCUUAAAGAGUUCUACAAUCACGUCUCACAGGAGUUCAACCGGCUCAUCACUGAAAAGGGCUACGUGACUAGCGACGCUGCCGACGCAGAAGCGCACAGGCUCUACGAACGCUCUCAGGAAUUACUGAAUGAGAAAUCGGACCGCUAUCGCCCCGACGUCGAGAAUCUGUUCUCCGAGGCGCGUUCAUUCAUCGAUGCCAUUCGCAACGAUAAGGAGAGUGUCAGGGUUGCCGAGGCGAGCAAGAAAGUGUACAAAGACUUGGUCGUCACGGAUAAGAAUGGAAACUUCAGGGGGUUCAGGAAGAGGGUUCUCUGGGAUCUACUGGAGGUUGUGUUCCCUCGCUUCGUGGAUGAGGUCAAGUAUAUUCCCAUCCCGAGAAUUGAGUAUCAAGAUCCGGAUUUCGAUCUGAUCCUGGAGAAUGUUGUGCUCGAAUCUGAGCACUUUCUCCCAACCCGCACCGUCCUCGAAGCCUUCACCCGUUUCGAAGUUACAAACUCUUAUACGGUCUCCAGCACCCACACGACGACCACGCACCUGCACGUCUCCAACAUCAAUCUCUUCUGCAAGGACGCCUCCUUCAUCGUGCGCAAGAAGACGGGCCUUUCAUUCUCCGACCGUGGGUUCAUCGACGUCUUCAUGACCGGCCGCGGGGCGUCUGCCGACAUACUCCUCGAGUCAUCUUCGCACGACGAAGAUGAAGACGAAGACCCCACGGCCGAGUCCUACUUCCGCGUCAAGUCCGUUACCGUCAAGAUCCACAACUUCUCGUACAACUACCAUGCAUACCACACCUGGGCCGCUGCCUUGCUAGCCCCGAUCAUCAAGCCCGCGGUCCGGAAGCUCCUCGCAAACGUCCUGGAGCAACGCAUCCGCGGCGCCAUAGAACAGCUCGAUAGGGAGAUCUAUGCCGCCGCCGAGCGCAUGCGUGUAGCAAGCAUUGCCAACCGCGGCGGCGGAAGUAUGGAGGCGUGGAUCCGUGCUGUUCUGUCACGGCCCGAGCAUGCGAGGAGACGGAGGAGGCAGCGCGGCGAGUUCAGAGUUUCGGUCGAGGACGACGGCGCACUCAUAUUCCCAGGCGAACAUGCGCCCGGAGGGAUACUCGCGAAGGUUAAGAAGGCGGAGGACAACGUUGAGGUCGGCCAUGAGGGACAGGGCAGGUGGAGGAAUUCGGUGUUUGAUGUGCGUCGUUGA